GUUACCGCGCGCUUUGAUGUCGAAUUUCAAGUGUUUUAAAAGCAAUUUGUGUCUGGGACCUCUAAAUAUCAAUUACCAUGCUUCCAGUACGACGUUUAUUCUGUGGAAUAAUUACGAAAUAUACAUAUACGAAAAUUUAAAAUUUGAAAGUGCGUCGAAAAUAAUAUUGCCUGAAUUUCAAAUAUUUCAUCUAAUAUCAUCAAACAAUUUCAUAGUCGGCUUGGAUUUCGAAGGAAACAUACACACAACGUCUAUGAAAUUUAAACAAUCUGCACCAAAACGAUUAAAAACUAACUUUUUACAUAAAGAAAAAUAUGUACUGAGUUGUACACUUUACACAUCACAAAAAUUGUUAAGUUUGAAAUUGGAAUGCAACACUUAUUAUCUGUGCAUAAACAAUUUAAAUUCGGAAUUCGAUUUAGAAAAGAAAAUUAAGUUGAUUUUGCCUAAUGAAAACAGCCAGCCAUCACAAAGGGAGUUAAAAUUAUAUAUUUUAAAGUCUUACAAAUUAUAUGAACAAUAUGAUAAUUUAAUGAGUGUUUUCAAUUUAGAUAGAGAUGUAUCUAAGGAUUAUAAUUUAAUUAUUAUUAGUUUUGACAGAAGAGUUUUAUAUGGAUGUAUGUAUUCACUAGAAAUGCAAGUAAAUGAAAUUUUACUACAGAAUCUAUUUAGUGCUCCUACAAGAAUUAGUGAUGUAAAAGUGACCGAAGAAAAUCAUGGGCACAUAUUAGUAAGUUUAGAAUCGGGUACAAUUUUAAGAUUAUCACUUGCUGAUUUUAAUAAAAGUUCUGAUAUUGUUCAUUUAAAUACUGCAAUUUCAAAAUGUGAACUAAACAAUGAAUCUAUAAUAUAUACAGAUGGUAUAACAAUGUGGAAAUCAAAUAAUACUUUUACAAAAGAUAUAAAUUUCCAACAAUUCCAUAUAAAACAAGUUAAAGAUUUUAUAUGUUUCGGUGAUCAAAUCCUUUGUACAACAUUUACGAAUUUAAUAUAUUUAUUUACCGUUGAUAAUGAUAUAUUUAUAAAACCAUCAUCUGAAUAUUGCGAAGCGAAAAAAGUACUUAAUGAUACAGGAUGUGUUUAUAAAAUAUUAGAAGAAGUUGAGAGAAAUUAUAAAUUAGAAGAGAAAAUUAAAGAAGAGUGUGACUUUAUUACAUCUUUAUCAAUAUCUAAUCGUCCUGAUAUAUUAGAUAAUGUUAUUUUAUAUUCUAUUGUACUUUAUAAUAGUUAUGAAGAUGUUUUAAAAGAAUCUAUAGAUAUGACAUUAACGGAAAAUGUUGAAAAUUUUUUAACAACCAAUAUAUUUUGCUUAUUAUUAAAAAUAACACUUACAUUUGAAAAACAUAAAAUUAAUGCUUUAAUACAAGUAUUAAGAGAUUUACAAAUACAUAUAACAUUAUUAUCAUCAAAUAAAGUGAUAAAAACCACAUCAGUGAGGGUAGUUGAAGAAUUAAAAAAUAUAAACUUGCUUAUUCCGUUGCAUAGGAAAAAUGACAAAUCAGUUACUGUUGAUAUUAAAAUAUUAAAAAGAAUACCAGGAAUGCAGAAUAAUGAAGAAAUGUGGACAAUAAUGCAUAAAAAAGAAAUAAUCUUGAACGCUGAGCAUUUUAUAAAAUCUGAUAUUUUAAAGAAAAAUAUAACUCAAUUAAAGGAGACUGAAAAUUCUAUUGAAGGAAUAGUAAAUCAAAUUGCUUAUAACUUUAAUAAACAUUUAUUUAAUUUCACUAAUAUUGAUAACAAAACACAAUCAGAUGAGUGUUCAUUUUAUUUUAAAUUGCUAAUUAAUUUUAAAGAAGCAUUUAAAAAUGAAAGUUACUAUAAAAAUAUAUUUAGUACAGAAAAAGCAUUAAACAUACUGAAGGAAAACACAUCAGAUGAUUUUUUAAAAGGGAAAAAUUAUAAAAUCUUUGAAAUUGGAAACAGUAAAGUUAAAGUUGAAAUUAUUAAUGAUGAAUUUACUAACAACUCAUUGAGAGUUUCAUGUGAUGAUAUGAAAAUAGGCUUUGAUGUAAGGAAUUUUUACUGCAACUUGGCCUAUGAAAAUUUCACUAAAUGUGAACCUGGCAAAGAAUUUGUCAGAUAUACUUUAUAUGCUAAAAUUGAGAAUAUUCAAAAAGGUAUAAGACGGUGCAUCUCGGAUGGUACUGAAGAUGAUCUCAAGUCUUUAUUAGAACAGCUUCAAAGCCAUGUAUAUGCAGCAAUUCCAUUAUAAAAUAAACUUGGAUACCAAGAAAGUACACUUAACAUAAAUUUGUAAAAACUGU